AUGGCGUCCAUGGAGGAACCCGUCACCCCGAUUGCUCCGCCUGAGGUGGAGCCGGAAAUUGCGCCUCCCGCUACCCCGGUUGAAUCGUCCAUUAUGUCCGGGGGCGAGGACCCCUUGACCAGCCCGGAUGCUUCCAAGGACAAGGAGAACGCCAAAACCUCUCCGGUCAAGAAGAGCCCGACCUCAACCACGGCUACUCGGCGUCCAUUGUCGGGAACAGCCACCACGAAGCGACCCACCUCCAUGACCGGUCCGUCCAAGACGACUUCUACCACACGCACCUCCACGAUUAACGGCAGCACCAUCAACAAGCCGCCCACCAGACCCGGAACCACGACCACUGUGCGCAAGCCGCUGGGGACUACAACGACCACUGCCACUCAUCGAUCCCGCGCGUCGGUCAGCAGCUCCGCAGAUGAGAAGUCCCACCGGUCUGUGGCUAGCUCCGGCGAUGAGAAGCGUGGCAUCUCCAGCACAGCAGCCAAGCGGAUGUCGCUGGUCGGUACCCCUGCCACCAGAGCCCCGGUGAAGCCAGCUACUUCCACUCUGGACCGGCGCUCCAGCAUUGCUGGCUCAACCACGGCCGAGAAGAGGACGUCCACUUCUCGGCCCAGCACGGCCUCCACGGUCAGGCCGCUGACCAAGCCCGCCACCAGCACCUCCACUUCACGCCCGACGACCUCUUCUUCCGCCACCGCGCGUACAACUACCCGGCCUACUUCCACGGUCACUAGGCCGGCGUCAACCAUUUCCAAACGGUUGAGCACUGCCCCCAAAGGUGCCGAAGAGGACUCGGAGAAGCUGCAGGCGCUCCAGAACAAGCUCUCGGAAAGUGAGGCCACUGUGGCCAAGCUGAAGGAGGAUUUGGACACCGUCAAUCUCAAACUGACCGAAUUGUCUCUCGCCCCGAACGAUGGUUCGCAGGACGUGGACGAGGCCACCAAGGCGCUCCGGGAGCAGCACGCGGCCGAGCUUGAGCAACUGACCGCCAGCCAUGAGGAGCAGCUGCAGGCGUUGCGUGUCCAACUCGAGGAUGCCAAGCUGAAGCACAAGGAACUGGAGGAACAGACUCUGAAGGAGCUGGACGAGGCUGCCAAGUCGGCCGCUGCCCAGGGAGAUGACCAGGCAGCUGCAACUCUGGAAGAGCUGAAGCAGUCGCACCAAGCCCAACUGGAAGCGCUCGAGAAAGACCUUGCCGAGCAAAAGGCGGCGGCGGCUGGAUAUGCCGAGCAGAUUGACUCGCUGAAGGCAGAGCUUGAACUACAGAAGAACCAGCUCACCGAGGCUACCACCAACUUGGAGAAGACGGUCAAUAAGUUGGAAGAUCUCCAGCGCGAGCUGAACGGCAGGGAUCAGGUGGUGGAGAAUCUGCACAUGGAAAUGGAUCGGUUGAACCAAUCCAAGCAGCAGGAAACCCGGGCCGCAGAGGAGGCCGCGAAGCAUGCCAUUCUGGCCCUGGAGGAGAAGGUGGCAUCGCUGGAAGCCCAACUCGCCGACGCCGGUUCUGCCACCACUCAGGGCAACGAGGAGACGACCGCACGCCUGGCUGAGAAGGACACGGAGAUCGCCGCGCUCAAGGAAGCGUUGGAGAAAGCACAGGCUGAACUUGAGCAGGCUCGCGAGGUCGCCGAGCACGAGCUCGGAGAGAAAAUCAAGGAACUUGAGGCCGCACAUGAGGCUGCGGUUGCUCAGCUCAAGACCGACCACGAAGCAGCUCUUGCUCUGGCAGUUGAGAACGAGCUUGGCGAGAAGAUCAAGGAACUUAAGGCAGCGCACGAGACUACCAUUGCUCAGCUUAAGGCCGAGCAUGAGGAAACGGUCUCUGCCACGAUCGCUCAGCUCAAGGCUGAACAUGAGGAGGCCCUGUCUUUUGCUGGAGAAGAUAAGCUCAAUGAGAAGAUUAAAGAGCUGGAGUCUGCACACGAGGCCGUGGUUGCUCAACUAAAGGCCGAACAUGAACAAGCACUUUCUUCGGCUGCUGAGCAUGGUCUUGACGCGAAGGUUAAGGAGCUUGAGGCAGCUCAUGAGACUACCAUUGCCCAGCUGAAGGCCGAGUAUGAAGAGUCCGUCUCUACCACUGUCGCUCAGCUUAAGGCUGAACACGAAGAGGCACUCGCUUUGGCCGUUAAUGGCAAGGUUGACGAGAAGGUGAAGGAGCUUGGAGCAGCACACGAGACCGCCAUUGCUCAACUCAAGGCCGAGCAUGAACAGGCACUCUCUUCCGCUGCUGAGCACGACCUGGGCGAAAAGGUAAAGGAGCUUGAGGCAGCUCAUGAGUCUGUAAUUGCCCAGCUCAAGUCUGAGCACGAGCAGGCACUCUCUUCGGCUGGGGAGGACAAGCUCGGUGAAAAGGUCAAGGAGCUGGAGGCUGCCCAUGAGGCGGCGAUCGCUCAGCUGAAAGCUGCCCAUGAGGAGGCGCUGGCUGCCGCCGCUGCAACUCACGCACAAGAACUUGCUUCUGCCAAGGAGACCGCCGAGUCGGCUGGCUCGAGUCACUCCCAGCAGCUCGAGGAGCUCCGUGCGAAGCUGGAGUCGGCCGAAGCUGCCGCCGAAGAGGACAAGGAGGAGUUGAUCGCUGAGCUCGACGCCGCCCACCAAGCGGAGCUGCAUGCGCUCCAGCAGAGACUGGAGGCCACGGAGCAGAAUCUGACCGAGGCCCGACAGGCUCUGGAAGAAGGCAACAACUCCGCCCAGGAUCACGCCAUUCAAGAGAUCGAGUCGCUCAAGGAAAAGGUCGGUGCUCUGGAGUCCCAGCUGUCGACGGGCCAGGGUGAGAUCAAGUCUCUGCAGGAUGAGAUCCAGAGCAAGCAAGGACAGGCCGAGGCGCUCCAGCAGAGCCUCGUCGCUUUUGAGGACAAGACCAAGGCCAAGGACGCUGAGCAGGAAAACCAGCUCAAGUCCUUGGAAGAGAAGGCCAUCGUCGCCGGCAAGGAGCUCGAGGACAAGGUCAAAGAAGCCGCCGUGGUGGCCGAGCAACACGCACAGGUCCUCGAAUCCCUCAAGGCCGAGCACGCCGUCCAGCUCGAGCAGGCCAAGACCAAUGCGACUGGCUCGCACGAGCAGGCGCUCAGUGAGCUCCAGGCCAAGUACGCCGAUCUCUCGUCCAAGCACAGCGAGCAGAUUGAGGCUCUUGAGGCCGAGCUCCGGGCGACGCUCCAGCGCCAUGCCGAGGAGAUCGCGCAGCACACCGAGACCCGUGCCAAGGAAAUUGCCGAACUGCACCAGCAGCACGAGGAGACCCAGGCUCGGUUCCAGGCGGAGUUGCAGGCCAGCCAGACGUCCCGGGCCGCCGAGACGGAUGCUGAGCACAGCCAUGCCAUUGAGCAGCUCCUCACCAUUCAAGAAGAGAAGCUCUCAAAUCUCCGGGCCAAUCUCGAGUCUACCAACCAGGCGAAGAUCGAGGAGAUCCAGAAGGCCCACGACGCAGCCCUCGCCGGGGUGCACGCACAGCUGGCUGAGGCCCACGCCGCCGCUCAGGACGUCUCCGUCCUUGAGAGUCUGAAGCUGACCAUCGCUGACCUCGAGAAGAAACUGAACGAAGCCGAGCAGUCUGCUGUCGAGUCCAAGGAGCUCGCGGGCAAGCACAGUGCGGAUCUCUCUACCAUUCUGACCGAGAAGAACGAGUUGGAGCAGCAGCACCAGGUCGUAGCCAACCGGGUGGCAGAGCUCGAAAAGUCCCUCGCUGCUUCGGAGAGCGCGAAGACGGAGCUGGAAGCGGUCCUGCAUCAGCUGGCCGCGUCCAAGGAUGAAUUGUCGCAGCUGAAGAGCCAGCACGAGGCGAUCGCGGGCGAACUGCAGGCGUGCAAGACGGAGAACCGGGCGAUGGUGGAGCGUCUCGACCAGGGCGAGCGGGACCUGAACAGCCAGAUCGAUAAGAACAUGUCGCUUCUCAACCAGUUGGGCGAGGUGGACUCGUCGAUCGCGGCCAACCGCAAGCGGGUGCGCGAGCUGGAGGCCGAAGUGGCGGCGUUGAAGGCCGAGAAGGAUGGAUCGACGGGGCUGGAAGGCAGCCGCUGGGCCGGCGAGAAGGCAGAGGCCGCGGAAGGUGAGGAUCUUGGCUCAUCCAUCCAGGGAACGAUGGCAAGUAUUCAGGAGCAGCUUAAGCACAUCCGGACGUCCAACGAUGACUGGUAUGACGAACACCGACGAAUCCUGGGCGAACUGGCCGAAAUGUCGCGCCGGGCGACGCCCAACCCGCCUAGUCAGUCGACGACGCCGCAGCCGGAGAAAAUGAGCAGCGGCUCGGACCAGGGUGCGGAUGAGGGAUCCUCGUGAUGGUUGGAUGGAGAUUUCCUUUGUUGAGUGGUCCCGCGUGAAGGAUUGCGCCGGGGCAUUUUCUUUUGUUGUUGUAUCGGCCUAGGCUGUAUGUAAUAAGAUGCUCGGGAUACCCCUGUCUGCGCGUUUCGUGUGAUUGCAACCGACGGGUGCAUUGACAUCCCUUGCGGCCAUUCCUGGGGAUCCUAUUGGGCUAGCGACGUUGCACGAAUUUAUUGAAUUUUCUUGCUGUG